UUGAGAAAACACUUUUCUUAAUUCAACAAUACUAUUUAGACAUGUUUAUUCAAUUCCGCACAGAAGCAUUUAAUGGUUAUUCGACGAAAUGGAGCCCAUUCUUUGAACAAAAGCUUGCAGUUGCAACUGCAUCCAACUUUGGUUUAGUUGGUAAUGGUAGACUAUUUAUUAUGGGUAUUGCAGGUGAAGGGAUGAUGAUCGAAAGAGCUUAUGACACACAAGAUGGAUUAUAUGACGUCGCUUGGAGUGAACUUAACGAAAAUCAACUUAUUGCAUCAAGUGGUGAUGGAACUAUUAAAAUGUGGGAUACAACACUUGCAGAUUAUCCAAUUCAAAACUGGCAUGAACAUCAAAGAGAAGUAUUCUCGGUAGAUUGGAAUUUAAUUACAAAGGAUGUAUUUUCAAGCAGUUCAUGGGAUCACACAGUUAAAAUUUGGAAUCCACAAGCACCAAGAUCAUUGCAAACAUAUACAGAACAUACACAUUGUGUUUAUAGUACAGCAUGGUCUCCUUAUCAUCCUACAAAGCUUGCCUCAGCAUCUGGAGAUCAAACAGUCAAGAUUUGGGAUACAAAUAGUCCUCGGUCUAUUCAAACUCUUCGAGCCCACAAUAAUGAAAUACUUUCAGUUGAUUGGAACAAGUAUCAAGAUCAUAUGCUAGCAACAGGUUCUGUUGAUAAGACAAUCAAGGUAUGGGAUUUGCGUCGUCCUGAUAGAGAAGUAGUCUGUCUUCCUGGACAUGAAUAUGCGGUACGUCGUGUUAAAUGGUCUCCGCAUAGACCUAAUGUUUUAGGUAGUACAGCUUAUGAUAUGAGUGUUCGAUUCUGGGACACAGCUGCACCGGCAGGACAGAAUUUGAUCCAUGUACAUGAUGCACAUACAGAGUUUGUUCUCGGUCUUGAUUUCAAUCUUUAUAUUGAAGGGCAAGUAGCUACUUGUGCUUGGGAUGAAAAAGUGAAUGUAUUUAUGCCUCCUGUCCUUUUACAGAGAUAAUCCUUCUACACCUUCUUAUUUCUUAAAAAUAGUGUAGUAUUAAAUUAUAAUUACUUGUAUUGUGUAUGCAUUGAAGAUAGAAUGUAGCAUAUAUAUUUAUUCAUAUCUGUAUAUACAUAUAUAUAUAUACAGAUAAAUAUGUGUAUGUAAGUUAUAUAUAGGGUAUUAUUCUAAUGAUACACUUUUGAUAAGCUAUAAUUACAUAUAAAUUCGAUCCUGCGAAAAUGUGUAAAAUAUGAAACUGUUAUAUAUCU